CAACCCAAGGCCAUCAACAUCUCACCAGAAUCAAGCAAGGACAUAAAACAAAAACGCCCUCUCUUCAACACCUACCGCCCUCUCGCCUUGAAUUCAUCUCCCUCUCUUCUCCCCAGAAUCCUGAUUCUGGUGCCUCCCUCGUCCAUUAUCCAUUUCCGUAUACGUUUUCACUGUGUCGUUUGGAAACAAUGGCGACUUCUGCUGUGUCAUUGGAGGAUGUUCCUUCUGUUGAUAUCAUGACGGAGCUGCUCCGUCGCCUCAAGUGCUCUUCCAAGCCUGACAAGCGUCUUGUUCUCAUUGGUCCACCUGGAUCUGGAAAGGGCACUCAGUCGCCCAUAAUUAAAGAUGAAUACUGCUUGUGCCAUUUGGCCACGGGUGAUAUGCUUAGAGCUGCAGUUGCAGCUAAAACACCUCUUGGAGUUAAGGCCAAGGAAGCUAUGGACAAAGGACAACUUGUUUCUGAUGAUUUGGUUGUUGGGAUAAUUGAUGAAGCAAUGAAGAAACCUUCGUGUCAAAAGGGUUUUAUCUUGGAUGGUUUUCCAAGGACUGCUGUUCAAGCACAGAAGCUUGAUGAGAUGCUUGAGAAACAGGGAACCAAAAUUGAUAAAGUGUUGAACUUUGCAAUUGAUGAUUCCAUAUUGGAGGAAAGAAUCACUGGUCGAUGGAUACACCCCUCCAGUGGGCGUACUUACCACACUAAAUUUGCACCUCCUAAGGUUCAUGGUGUUGAUGAUGUGACAGGGGAGCCUCUGAUUCAAAGGAAAGAUGAUACUCCAGAAGUACUCAAGUCAAGGCUGGAUGCAUUUCACAGGCAAACUGAACCAGUUAUUGAGUAUUACGCUAAGAAAGGUAUUCUUGCCCAGCUUCAUGCUGAGAAACCCCCCAAAGAGGUCACUGCUGAGGUUCAGAAGGCUCUUUCUUAAUAGGAGUGGAUCCUUCUCUUUCCUUUUAAUUUCUUCCUCACCACCUCUUUCCUCUUGAAACACUUGCUCAUAUUUAAUCCGAUAUACUGUCGGAUCGGCCAGUCCAUUUUUUCAAUGCAAUGACUUAGAGCACACUGCUUGUAACUCUAUAUAACCUCCUGGGAUGUUUCUGCUGCAGAAUAAUAAUUUACUACAAAUGCAAUGAUUUUGUGGUAAUACUCUGAUUUUGUGGUCAUCAUAUUGCCACAAUUCUCUUUUAUUGAAUAACCCUCUUGAAUUAAG